AGUAGUGUGUCGUUUUCGACCUCAAAAUAAACGUGAAAACGCAGAAGGUGGUGUUCAUAUCAUACAUUUUGAAGAUGGAUGUGACGACACUGUUCGAAUGGAAGGUAAAGAAUACCAAGGAAACUUCACCUUCGAUGCCAUCUUCCCCACAGAAACAUCCCAAAAACAGGUGUUCGAGCAUUCAAUUAAACCUAUUGUCGAUGACGUUAUCGGAGGUUACAACGGAACUGUGUUUGCUUAUGGUCAAACUGGUUCUGGUAAAACAUUUACAAUGAUGGGUCUUAUUCCGCGGAUUGUCGAACAAAUUUUCCAUGAUAUACUUUCAUCCCCAUCAACAAUGGAAUAUACCGUUAAAGUCUCAUAUAUGGAAAUUUAUAUGGAAAAAAUCCGUGAUUUAUUAAAUCCACAAAAUGAUAAUCUUCCUAUCCACGAAGAAAAGAAUCGAGGUGUAUACGUAAAAGGUCUUUUGGAAGUAUACGUCAGCUCAGUAUCAGAAGUCUACGAAGUGAUGAAACGUGGUGGAAAUGCUCGUGUGGUUGCUUAUACCAACAUGAAUGCCGAAUCUUCUCGUUCACAUUCAAUUUUUGUUAUUACUGUCAAUCAAAAAAAUCUUGCUGAUGGAAGCGUCAAAAGUGGAAGACUGUCACUUGUCGAUUUGGCUGGUUCAGAAAAAGUUGGUAAAACUGGUGCAUCUGGUCAAACCCUUGAAGAAGCCAAAAAAAUUAACAAAUCACUGUCAGCUCUCGGAAUGGUCAUUAACGCCUUGACUGAUGGCAAAUCUACUCACAUUCCUUAUCGAGACAGUAAAUUGACUAGAAUUUUGCAAGAAUCUUUGGGUGGUAACUCUCGAACAACUCUCAUUAUCAAUUGUUCGCCAUCUUCAUUUAACGAAGCCGAAACUCUAAGUACAUUGAGAUUCGGUAUGAGAGCCAAGAGCAUCAAGAAUAAGGCAAGAGUCAAUGCUGAGCUCAGUCCUGCCGAACUCAAGGCUUUGUUGAAAAAAGCCAAAAACGAAGCAGUAUCAUUCCAACAAUAUAUUAGUGCGUUGGAAGGAGAAAUUGGAAUAUGGCGUUCAGGUGGCACUGUUCCUAAAGAAAAUUGGGCGUCAUCAGAUAAAGCAGCAGCCGGAACGGUUGCACCACCUACACCCACAACUCCUGCCGCUACGGGACCGCCAAAUCCUGCAGUUGAAGCAGCCAAAAAAGAACUUGAAUCACGACCAAGUACACCAGCUCCGAUAUUAGAGAAAGAUGAACGCGAAGAAUUCCUUAAACGCGAGAAUGAACUUAUGGAUCAGAUCGCCGAGAAAGAAUCAAUUUUGGCUAAACAAGAGAAAUUACUUUCAGAAAUGAAAGAAGAACUAGGCUACUUCAAAGAUCAAGAACAAACAAUCACAAAGGAAAAUAAAGAGAUGGCAAGUGAACUAAGUGAACUUAAAUUACAACUAGAAAAAGUCACAUACGAUAACAAGGAACAAAUUAUCACAAUCGACAGUCUUCGUGAAGGUAAUCAGGAGCUAAGUAAUGAACUUGAACAACUCAAGAAAAAUCUUGUUGAGCUCAAAAUAUCGCAAAAAGAGGGAGACAAAGAACAAAAGAAACAAGAGAAAAUGGCUCAAAUGUUGGCAGAAUUUGACCCUUCAGGAGUCAUUUCUGCUAAAGAGAAACAGAUUCGUGAGGCACUUAGUAAACUGGACUCUUUUGACGGAAGUGGGUCCGUUACCCUCACCCUGGAAGAGCUUGCAACACUUCGACGUGAAUUAGCAGAUUCAAAGAGUUUGGUUUCUCAGCAUGAACAGACUAUCAGUGAACUACAUUAUGAAAACGAACAUUUAACAAGAAAGAGAGAUGAACUCGAGGUUCGCUUGACAACUUUGGAAUUAGAAUAUGAAGAAUUAUUAGAUAAGACAAUUGCUGAUGAGGAAGCAAAUAGUAAGAUUGAUAUUACAGAGACGAUACAAGAAUUACGGGCGAAACUCGAGGGUUCACAUCAUCAUCGUGCCCUUGGAGAACUAAAGAGAGCUAACGAAGAGCUACAGGUAAUACUCUUUCCGACAUAUGAUGAUACGACUGCGAUAACAGAAAAAGAAACCCGCAUUGAGGGCCGCAAAGACACAGCCGAAAAAGAAAAAGAUAUGGAACGCAUCCGCAAGACAAUGGCCCAACAAUUGGCCGAUUUCGACGUCAUGAAGAAAGCUUUGAUGCGUGACUUACAAAAUCGUUGCGAAAAAGUUGUUGAACUUGAGAUUUCAUUGGAUGAAACCCGAGAACAAUAUAAUAAUGUUUUACGUAAUAGUAAUAACAAAGCUCAACAAAAGAAAAUGGCCUUUUUGGAAAGAAAUCUGGAACAGCUCACAAAUGUGCAGAAACAGCUUGUUGAACAAAAUUCAUCGCUAAAGAAAGAAGUUGCUAUAGCAGAACGAAAACUUCUCGCACGAAAUGAACGCAUUCAAGCAUUAGAAGCAUUAUUGCAAGAUGCUCAAGAGAAAUUAACGACACAAAAUCAAAAAUUCGAGGCACAAUUACAAGCAGUCAGAGAACGAUUAGAACAAGCACGAUCACAAAAAACCGCCGGUAUGGGCCUAGGUUUCGGCCGAAUUGCCAAGCCCCUCAGAGGACUGGGACCUCAAUUAGAGACCAGUGCCAUUGGUGUCGAUUAUGUUGGUGGAUCACCAACAGGAAAUUCGUUUGGUAAGAUGAUUAUCCCUCAUACACAUGAAUCAACCCGUGCCCGGAUCUCAUUACGUCACUGGAAAUAUAAACGGCGGCGAUACAGUGUCAACGCCGGGCAGGAUCGAACGUCGGACAUCAUGGCUUUCAGGCUUCCGAUAAUAAGACAUACUAAAUAUCAUCUACCACCACAUAUAAUUCACAUUCACGCUCUUUCUUGUUAUUAUAAUCCUUUUCUUCCUCUUAUCGGUGUUCUAAAGCAUCAUCAUGGUACUAGUAGUAACGGAAAAAUGAAUUCAACAGCUGUAUCAUCUUCAUUUUUUGGGCUUUAUUAA